CGCUUAUUGAUAUGUCGUUUUCGUGUCAACAAUACAUCCGAUGGGACUGUAAGGGAGCGAUGUUUGGCUUUUGGUACGCCCGGGAUAUUGACAACUGGUGGGUGGGAAGGGGUUGGAAGAAUCAAUACUAUUGGGGCGGCGCUGAGACUGACUCAAAAAGUUGCGGCUGUUUUCCUUACUGUUACCUCACUGUCCGCAACUCCACCUGCAAUUGUGACGCUAACCUAAAACUUCAAUGGCUCGAAGAUUCUGGUCUGUUGUUGGACAGGAGUAGACUACCAGUGCUUCAGCUCAGGUUUGGUGACACUGGCGAGUCUUACGAAGCGGGUCAAUACACGUUGGGUCCAUUGAUAUGCAGAGCCCGCGGACACAAACUCGUCGAAAUGGGUUCAUUCAAAGCUCCCGUUACUAUUGAAUCUCCUGGUUAUCCCAAUGUCUAUCCGCCGGCGUUUCACCGCUACGUAUGGCAUAUAAACAUAGCUGAGGGACAAAUCAUUGAAUUAGUAUUUCCCUAUUACGAUGUCAUACACUACGGGGCCUAUAAUUCAGUGCCAAACUGUCGGUCUGUUGUCGAUAUUGAUAUCAAAAACUCGAGCGGAGCUAUAAUAGGAAGUGUUAAACGAGAAAAGGCUUCUCCGCCUUAUUUCAUAUCGGAUGGAAAAGCGGUGACAAUAGACAUGACAUUCACCACUUGUAACCAACAAAAAGAAGUGGAAAAGAAAGGAUUUGUGGCUGAAUUCCGGAAGACUGCGUGCGGAGGAUGUAAUGUAGGCUUCGGUGAGAACGCGAGUGUCACUCACUGUCACGUUAAGCCCAACCAAUGUAUUACUAUCUCGUCGUUUGGGUAUCCGUUUCCUCAUUAUAUUUACGGCAAAUUCGGUGAGAAAUACAGCCAUUCGUGGAAUCUGUCGACUCUUGACGAGCAUAUCAUUCAAAUUGAAUUCAAUGACUUCGACAUUAUCUUCACUCCGGGUAUACAUUACUGUAACGCAGACUUAUUAUCAUCAAAUAACAGUCAAGUGGUACUGGAAUUGAAUACAACGUUGAAAAAAGUUGGAAACAGCAGAGGAUUUCACGCAACGGUUAGGGCUCUGCCGAAGACUAACACACUUAACAAAUGGAUCAAUAAUAUAGCCGAAGGAAAGUCUGCGGACCAGAGCUCUACCAGAAGCGGAUUGGAAGCGGCUCUGGCUGUGGACGGAAAUGUGGAGCGAAAACAGCACACGAAGUGUACGGCCACUAACUAUGAACGGGAGCCGUGGUGGAGGGUUAACCUCCAGAAGCGACAUCGCAUAUAUGGAGUACAGAUCAAUACAGCCGAUGUCACCGCACAGACCGAACACCUCCAGUGGCCGACCGGACAGUACGGCCUACCGAUGCCAGUGUCGGGCUGUCCCUCAUCUGUGGACUCUCGAUGGCAAACUGGCUAUCGGUUCCAUGACGUGCGUCACGAGCCCGUACAGGACGACCGGUUCAGGUAUUGGUCGCAAGGGAUUAUGCUUAAGGGCGGCGCCACUGAUGGCGGCAUUGUUCAGCACUUUUGCGUCAGAAAUGGUAAACCCAACGAGAAGUCUGUUCCCAAUGCAAACAACUUUGGAUGGAUGCCCGGCAAGUACUGUAUCUUUCAAGUGUCCGACUCGUGUCCCGAAGGAUUCACUUCCGGUUCAAUCGCGUGGUUUGAUAAAAGCAACGCCACUCUGCCCUCAGAAAGUAGAAAUCACGUCAACGGUUCCCUUCCUAAAGGUAUUUAUACGAAACAAAACACAACUAUAUUUUAUUGUUGUCGAGAAGACGGCAAUCCAGACGUAUCUAUAAAACUGCCGAAAGACCGACCGUUUUAUCUCUUACAAUACGGCGAUGAAUGUCAGAAAGUGGAGGGAAUGCUAGAAAUUGAGCACUUCUUCCAUUACGAAGAAGAAGUACAGCUCUCGGGAAUCAGUUUGGAGUUGAUUUUCAUAAGCGGCACAAAUCAACUCAAGUUUCACGACCCGCACCCUCGCGUUGAUAUCGCACUCUUCGAGAAAGGACUGACUCUUCACUAUUGCUAUUACGAUGUCUCGGAUCAACUCAAAGGGUUUCAAGUGUUGGUCGACACGACGCCCGACACGUUUGGCUUCAGUCGCUUCUACGAUGAGAUCACCGGUAUAUCGAGACCAGUGGACAAACCCUUCUUGAGUGCCGUGGAGUGCGCCUCCUUUGAUGUGACCGCCAGUGACUCCGAAGUGAUUACUCUGAACUGUAAGCAACCGAUUGAAGGCCAGUAUGUGGUGAUCUUCAUGAAAGAUCGAUUCGAUUCGUUGAGAUUAUGCGAAGUGAAAGUGUUUGGCGAGGAGUCGUGCGGACGGCCAUUAGGUAUGGCCACCGAAGAGAUACUGGACUCAGCCAUAAGCGCGUCCACUACUGAUGGCCAGGGAUUCAUUCACCAUAGCGUCAACGCCCGACUCAAUAGUGCCAAAGCCUGGUGUGCGGCCAUCACUGACCCACACAAGUAUAUUCAGAUUGAUUUACUUUACGGAGAGAAUCAACAAAUUCACGGAAAUAUGCAAAUGAAGUCUCCAUUUCCUGUCAGCGAUUACGUGACUGUUGUGGGCAUUGCUAUGCAAGGAAUGGUCAAUGCGUUCAAGAGUUCAUUUGUCACACAAUUUCAACUACUCUUCAGUAAUGACACCAAGAAGUGGACCUUUGAAGAAGAGCCCAUCGGCCGGCAAAAGGUCUAUAAAUGUGUUCAAUGCGACUCUCAAAGCAUAGACGGCAAUGACAUUGUUAUGUAUAAUUUACUCAAACCAAUACUCGCCCGAUAUGUGAGAGUGAAGGUAUUGAACUUCAAAAUAGCCCCAUGUCUUCGGCUGGAAGUGAUCGGUUGCAGAGAUCUAUCGAAACCAUGCGUUACAACUCUAACAGAGCCAUCGGGGGUAAUAUUCUCACCCAACUAUCCCUUUUAUUACGCCCAAUACAAGUCGUGCUGGUGGCACAUCAAUCCCGGCCCAAACAAACAUGUUGAGUUAGACUUUGUUGUCAUGGAUUUGGCCACAAAGGAUAAAAGCAGUGGAAAAUGUCACGACUCUCUCACUAUAUAUCACCCGAAAGAGACGAUAAUUGAUGCGAACAGUCGUCCCUCUUCUGCCCUUUCAGUCAAAUCAAGACUCUAUCCGAAGAAAAUCGUGUCAAACGGCACUAUAAGUGUGCAUUUGAAGACUUGUUUCAGGUUUUCCAUCAGUAGAUUCCAAGGCUUUUACGCAAACUAUAAGAUGAGUUCGUGUCCCGGAUGUGGUAUCGGUGACUCUUUUUGCUCCAAACUUCAUACUUGUUCCUCAAAUUGUGGCCAAAUAUUAUCCAUCAAUUAUCCGCUAAACUACCUCAACAAUCACAGGUGUCAAUGGCUUAUAACAGCCCCACAAGAAUAUUAUGUGAAUAUAACAGUCGAAGACUUUGAUGUGCCGAACACGUCAAUGGGCUCCACGUCUACCGAUUGUGUCUUUGAUUACAUCUCAUUUACAGACGUCUUCACGGAGUUUAAUACGGACUCAACGCUAUCGGGGCGUGGAUUCAGUCUGACAUAUGUGGCACAAAAAUAUCAAUUAAAUGAUAAAUUAGCGCAACAAAUGAUUGGUCCGGAGGGCGCCUGUCCUCCAAACUGGUCCUUCUUUCGAGGAUAUUGUUAUAAUGCGUUCUUCGAGAAGGAAUCGCUUCAAUGGUAUCAGUCGGAAGAGAAAUGCGCUCAGUUUGAGAAGGGAAGAGAUGGACAUUUAGUUAGCAUAACGGAUGUACAAGAGAUGCAAGUCGUCCACUACUUGUUAAUUAAUACGUGGAAAGUAAGUCCCCAUCAAAGCAUUUAUAUUGGUUUAAUCGACACCAAUAGAGAGGGUUUUUAUAACUGGAGUGACGGAAAUCCCAUGAGUUAUACCGACUGGUCGUAUGGUAUAGAAGACGGAGAGAUAUCGGCGUCACAGCCGGACGGCGGGGCUUUCGAGGACUGCACUGUCAUUAAGAUCGACUCGAGUCACUCGACGGCCAACUGGCACGACAUUCCCUGCUCUUUAGGCAAACGGACAUCACUUAAAUCGCUUAACUCUCAACCAAUUAAUGUCACAAAAACACUGUCCGAUGUAAUCAGUAGUUAUAUCUGUAAAAUGGAUUCGAGUUAUUCCACACAACAGUUCCGACUUCGAGAGCCAUUGUUUACAAACGUAAUCACCGAAGACGAGGAGGAGAUCUAUAGACGUGUUGACGACAAUCGAUAUUUUGUGUGCGAAAACUUAGAGGUCAUCUCUAAUUUGUUUAAAUGUGACGGAACUCCUAACUGCAGAGAUGGAAGCGAUGAGGCGUUUGGUUGCGAUACAACUGGAAACUCAUGCCUUGAAUCCCAAUUCAGAUGUGCAAACGGCCGGUGCAUUGCUAUAGGAAUGUAUUGCGAUUUUGUGGACGAUUGCGGCGAUGGAAGCGAUGAAAUUCUGUGCGAAAGACGUCAGUGUAAGAAGACGUCGGAAUUCCGGUGUAAUAACGAUCAGUGCAUACCUCUGUCCAAACGGUGCAAUUUGCUCACCGACUGCAAGGACUUGAGCGACGAGGGAGAUGGAAGCGAUGAGGCGUUUGGUUGCGAUACGACUGGAAAUUCAUGCCUUGAAUCCCAAUUCAGAUGUGCAAACGGCCGAUGCAUUGCUAUAGGAAUGUAUUGCGAUUUUGUGGACGAUUGCGGCGAUGGAAGCGAUGAAAUUCUGUGCGAAAGACGUCAGUGUAAGAAGACAUCGGAAUUCCGGUGUAAUAACGAUCAGUGCAUACCUCUGUCCAAACGGUGCAAUUUGCUCACCGACUGCAAGGACUUGAGCGACGAGGGGUUCGCCUGCACUCUGAUCGCCACCCCUUGCAAUCCCAACACAACGUUUCAGUGCUAUUACGGCAAUUGUAUUCCAUUGCACGCACUGUGCGAUCGGCACAGAGACUGUCCGGGAAAGUUUCACGAAGACGAACAGGCGUCCAGAUGUCAGGCCAUUAGUGACGCCAAUGGUCUCCAGAAGCGAUCCAUUUAUGACUCCUCCUCUCAAUUGUGGCACAAACAGCGCUUUCAGGAACAGGUGUUCAACGUAUGGCUCCGGAAUGAGAGGAGUGCCUGUCUGUCCACCAAACGACGAAACUGUCGAGAUUUGGAAGUAUUUGAAAACAUUCAGACAAAUGGCACUUAUUUUAUAGAACCCGAGGACUCGUCUUCGAUAGGUAUGACAGUCGAGUGUCAGUUCAAACCCGACGGCGCGAAGACUAUUAUACACCACGACUCUGAGGCCAAACUGUAUGACUCGUCUUCGAUAGGUAUGACAGUCGAGUGUCAGUUCAAACCCGACGGCGCGAAGACUAUUAUACACCACGACUCUGAGGCCAAACUGUAUGUCCGAAGCGAUAUCGACGGACCCGCGACUUAUUGGCGUACAAUUAGCUAUGAAUACAGUCUCGAGUCAAUUGUCGCUCUCAUUAAUAGUUCCAACUCUUGUAAGCAAUACAUCAGUUGGCAGUGCUCUGGCACUGGAUUUCGCUUUAACUCCACUAAACCCGUCUCCUAUUGGUUCUCCAGACAAGGUGUGCCUCAAUAUUCAUGGGGCGGCGCCGCCGUCGGUAAAUGCAGUUGUUAUCCAAACUGUUAUCAAUCAAACCUAACCUGUAAUUGCGAUUCUGAGAUCAAAUUUCAAUGGUUAGACGAUUCCGGGUAUAUCACCGAUAAAAGCAAACUUCCCGUCACUAGAGUUGUAUUUGGAGAGACGUAUAAAUUGGGUCAAUCCGGCUAUUUCUAUGUCGGACCCCUCGAGUGCGAGGGAAGUGCCAAAAAUGUUUACACUAAAGACUCGUGUCGAGUGCGGACGGGAAACGUACCCGACUUCAAGUGCCAAUCGGGACAAACGAACAAUCCGGCUAUUUCUAUGUCGGACCCCUCGAACUCGUGUCGAGUGCGGACGGGAAACGUACCCGACUUCAAGUGCCAAUCGGGACAAACGAUUGCUCAGAAAUAUAAAUGCAUUUAUGAAUUCGAUCAGUUGGGGUAUCAGAUCGGCUGCAGAGAUGUCUCCCAUUUGAGAGAUUGCGAGUCUUAUCAGUGCCCCGCAGACUAUGUCAAGUGCACCGACUCUUAUUGUAUUCCUCCCCGUAAAUGGGAUUGUGUGGGCGGGUCUGAUGAGGUCGGUUGCGCUCGUUAUAUGUGUCCGGGUCAGUACAAGUGCGCCAAUGAGAGCUCGUGUGUACUUUUACACCAACUGUGCGAUGGUAUCCGUCACUGUCCUCUCGGCGACGAUGAAUGGUUCUGUGAGCUCACGUGUCCGGACAACUGCACCUGCAUUGGGCUGUAUGUCGACUGCAGGAACGCUAAUCUAACUCGACUUCCCAUCGAAUUCAUCCCAAAAGAGACCCGAAAGCUAGAGCUGACUAAUAAUGGUUUGGGUCCCUCUCUGGCGUACGCGGACUUUAGCUUCUUCGGUGACUUAGGAGAGCUGAUACUACAGAGCAAUGGCUUAGAAGUGAUUAAAUCGCGUAAAUUCUUGCAAUUGACAAAUCUUUAUAAAUUAGAUCUGAGAUUCAAUAACAUAAAAGUGUUAGAAUCGGCCGCUUUUGCCGGUCUUAAGCGAGUGACUAAUCUUCUAUUGGAGGAAAACCCGAAU